CUUUGCCCGAGAGCGAGCAAAGAAAUUUUCUGUCGUCAGUACAGUCCUGGCCGAGCCAAGCUUUACACACCCACAUUCCCAAUAAAUCAGUUAGUACCCAGGCUCGAAUCCUAGUGUCGUUCUUCGAUUCCAUUCUUUUCACAUUGCUUAUUCAGUACCUCGCUAUCUCUGUUCUUACAUGUCGUCCGCCAAGCCGUCCGGUGGCACGGUGCAUGGACAUGCAACACCCCGACGCUUCCAUUCGCCUACAUUUGGAUCGCCGGCAGGCAUUGUCGUUCGUCCAACUCGGUCACAAUCCCCUGUGAUGUCGAAUUCAACCCCUACUAAACGACUUUCUGAUAUCAGCCAUCGAAAGCGGGUGGUCAGCCUCACCCCUACUCUCGGCACCCCCUCUCACGUCACACCCACUCCCAGCAACAGCACGCCACUCAUCUCACAAUAUCCCAGUCAUAUGCCCUCUUCACUCGACCUGAAUGACCAUAAAUCAUCCGUUCCUUUAAAAGAAUUUGAAAAAGUCAUCACUGAUCUCAAAAAGGAGAAUUUUAAUUUAAAGCUUCGAUUAUUUCACUAUGAAGAAGACAAUGCGAUAGAUGCCAUAGAAAAUGAGGAGCGGCUAGUGAGCGAACUGAAUGAACAAAAAGACUUGGUGGAGUCUUUGCGUACACAAUUGAUGAAGGCACAAGAUCAAAUUGCUUUGUUACGACGGGAAAGCCAAAUUCCAAGCCGAUCAGUUGGCGUUCAAACAGACAUGGUUCGGCACGACUUUGACUUUCAUGAUAGGGUAUCACCGCCCCUUCACUACCUGAGCAAUAUCAGCUCAGACGAUGUGGUUGAUGAGGAUGAUCUCGUCCUGUCGCGUGAGUCAUCGAUCUCUGGAAGCACAGGCAGCAUUAGUCUUCAACGACAGCAUCAAUUUGUUACCAAUGCGCAUGACUUUGGUCUGGUUCACCCGGUCGAUGAUCUGGAUGAAGACUUGAUGCAUAUUACUCGGCAGCUGCAUCAAGUCAACCUGGUGUCUCCCACUGCCCAACGAAAUCGAGCCAUUGGCGGAUGGUUAGAUCGCGUUGAGAUAUAAGAACUCCACACUGACCUCCAGUCCAAAAAACUCCUUCUCAACCAAGCUUAAAAUUAACCCUCAGCUCCAUCCGUCUCUCGCCAUAUUUGUUUCUUCUUUCUCUCUCUUACCAUUUU